GAAAAGAGAGUGCUUCUAGGCAGGGGCUGAGUUGGGGAGUAGCUGUGAUUUCAGGGCACCUCUGUCAGGGAGCUUGCAGUGAUUUAAGAACUUCAGGUUUCCUGGGUGACUGAUUUCAACAGGCUGUGGAUGAAUAAUACCGGGUGCAGUCCUACCCAAAGGCUGCGGGCCUGGGGGGGCCUCACUGGGGGAGCCAUGCUCGUGACACUCUGGCUCCUGUGGCUUCUGGGAUCAGCUCCUAGGGGAACCCCAGCACCCCAGCCCACAAUCACCAUCCUUAUCUGGCACUGGCCCUUCACUGACCAGCCCCCAGAGCUGGCUGCUGACACCUGCACCCGCUAUGGUGUGGCCCACUGCCGUCUGAGCACUAACCAAAGUCUGCUGGCCAGUGCUGAUGCUGUGGUCUUCCACCACCGUGAGCUGGAGACCCGGCAGUCCUGCCUGCCCCUGGACCAGCGGCCACAUGGGCAGCCCUGGGUCUGGGCCUCUAUGGAGUCACCCAGCAACACCCAUGGACUCAGCCGCCUUCGAGGCAUCUUCAACUGGGUGCUGAGCUACCGGCGUGACUCAGACAUCUUUGUGCCCUAUGGCCGUCUGGAGCCUCACUCAGGGCCCACGCCUCCACUGCCUGCCAAGAGCAGGAUGGCUGUCUGGGUGGUCAGCAAUUUCCAGGAGCGGCAGAAGCGUGCAAGGGUGUACCAGCAGCUGGCACCUCACCUGCAGGUGGAUGUGUUCGGACGUGCCAACCAGAGGCCACUGUGCGCCAACUGUCUGCUACCCACUAUAGCCCGGUACCGUUUUUACCUGGCCUUCGAGAACUCACAGCACCGAGACUAUAUCACUGAGAAGUUCUGGCGCAAUGCACUGGCAGCUGGGGCUGUGCCCAUAGUGCUGGGACCCCCACGGGCUACCUACGAGGCCUUUGCACCUCCUGAUGCCUUUGUGCACGUGGAUGACUUCAGUUCAGCCCGCGAGCUGGCCGCGUUCCUUGCUGGCAUGAACGAGAGCCGCUAUCGUCGCUUUUUUGCCUGGCGUGACAGGCUCCGUGUGAAGCUGCUUGGUGACUGGCGGGAGCGAUUCUGCACCAUCUGUGCCCACUUCCCCUACCUGCCCCGAAGCCAGGUCUAUGAAGACCUUGAAGGCUGGUUCCGGGCUUGAGCCUCCCUCUGUUGUGUGAAGCUGUGUGGGUGGAAG